AUGGUCUGUCGCCAGUGGCAGUCCAGUAGCGUCUUAGCCUUGACCGGUCUCCAUCUGGCUUGGAACGAACUUCCUCCAUCGGUGUUCUUGCACUGCGCCACACCACGCCCAGAAUUCGCCGUAGGCAUCCCACAUGGCAAAAAUGAGAGGGGAUUGGCGGGCAGGGCACUCAUGGGCAAGGUGGCGUUCUUGCUUUCAUGGAAUACCAGCAGUGCAGGAGUACUCACUCUGGAUUGUGAUCCGUGGAAUACUUCUGAACAAGAGGGUCGCGUGCCUCUAUGGGGCGAGAGCAGCGGCGGUGCAACCGGAUUCUAUCGGGAAGCCGGGGCUGUUGGGGGCAUUUGGGUGGUUUUGGGCUGGGCCGGAAGGAAGAAACGCAAGGGAUUUGAGUUGGGGCCCGAUCCGUGGGAACAGACCCGGAUAGAUAUCGUUCUCCUCGUCCGUGGCCGCACACCGAGAGAGGAGGAGGAGGAGGGGGAUGAGGAGGAUGUGACUAUCAUGACCUCCGAGGUUAUGAAGCCAUGA